AUGAUCGACCGUCGCUACCACCGCUCCUUGCAGGUGUUCUCAUGGGCAGCAUGUGCCGCCAUGACGGCAAAGUUGGCGCUGUUUACCGACUAUAGAUCGCGGAGGGGUCACGGCCAGCACGAGCACGUCUUUUCGGGGAUCCAGAGGUACACAGAUAAGCAACUGGACCGCUUCUUUGGCGUAGAGGACAUCAAGAAGCAGGCUCAACUUCCGCCCGACCAGCAGUGUAGUGGUGACGCGGUCUCGUCCAGUCCUGAUUCAGACAAGAAGGAAUAG